AUGCUGCAGCACGUUACGACUACGCAGCAGCAAGCUGCUGCUCCUCCUCCUCCUUCUGCUACUGCUGCUGCUGCUUCUGCCGCUGCUGCUGAUCCUGCUGCUGCUGCACUCCAAGAGAGGAACGAAGGCGCUGCGGGAACGGCCCUUGGAGCGGAUCCAGCUGCUCCCUCUGCUGCUGAGCCAGCAGCAGAAGCAGCAGCAGCAGCAAAAACACUAAAUGCGCAGCAGGAAGCAGAUGCAGCAGCAACAGAAGCAGAAGGCCCUGCGGCAGCAACAGAGUGCCCUUCGGCAGUAACAGCGUCAAUGGCAGCCUCAGGGCAGCAGCUGCAGGCCUCGCAGCAAGCAGCUACUGCUGAACUGUCCGCAGCAGCAACAACAGGAGCAGCAGCAACAGCACCAGGAGCGUCCGCUCCUGCGCCCCUAGCUGCUUUAAAUGGAGCAGCACCAGCAGCAACAGUAGGAACAGCAGCAGCCGCUGCAGCAAUAGCUACGGCAGCAACAGCUACAGCAACGACAGCUGCAGCGGCAACGGCAGCUGCAGCAGCAACAGCUCCAGCAACGGCACCAGCCGCUGCCCCAGCAGCAGCAGCAGCAGCAGCAGCACCAGCAACACCACCUCCUGCUCCUGCCGCUGCAGCAGCGGCAGCAACACCGCCCCCUGCUCCUGCUGCAGCAAAUUCGCCUUUUUCUGCGGCGUCAGCACGUGCAGCAAGGCCAGUUCUGCCUGCGAGCAGCAGCAGCAACAGCAGCAGCAGCAGCAGCAUCACCUGCAGCAGCCUUCGGGAGGCACUUGAGAAGGAAAUUGUAAUAGACGGAGAGACAGAGAUAGAUGAUCUGAUUGUAGCGGCUCAUGUGGCUCAGGCCGACGCAUUGCUGCUGCAGCAGCUGCAGCUAGCUGACCCCAUUCAAUCAAAGCUCCGCCAGCGCCCGCCUGCUGCUGCUGCCCGUCGCAGCAGCAACAGCAGCAGCAGCGACAGUAGCGACAGCGAGAGCGAAGCAGCUGCAACAGCCCCUUCAAAAGCAGCAGCAGCAGCAGCAGCAAACGGUAGCCUAGCAGCAGAGGGAGCGCUUGAGCAGCAGCGACAGCUGCUGCAGCAAUGGGAUCCGAUGCAGGCAGAAGGAACUGCAGCAGCAGCUGAUGGAGGCGCACCAGCACCAGGCGCAGCAGCAGCAGCAGAAGGGGCAGCAACAAAGGCAGCAGCAGCAGCAACACCAGCAGCAACAGCAGCAGCUGGAGAGGCGAUGGAUGCUGACUGCUGCAGCGAAGAAGAGGACGGCGGAAGCGCCACAAAGGAGGAGCUGCGCUCACUCAUACAACCCAUCGAGGUCGCGGGGCUGCCGCAGUUUGUCCCUGAGGGGGGGGAGCUGCUGCGCUGCGGGCGGGUGGAGUCUGUCUUGGGGGAGGCUCUUUGCAUAAAAGCAGAACAAGGUUCAAACCCGAUGGACUUGGGCUCUGUGGUUUGCCUGCCAGACCGCCGUAUUUUGGGGGUGGUGGCUGACACCUUCGGGCCCACGGCGUCGCCGUUUUAUGUGGUGUACGUACAGCAGGAGGUCUUGGCUGCAGCAGCAGGCAGCCUCAAGCCGGGUGUGGAGGUGAUGUGCGACGUUGCGCAUGCCUCCUUCCUUCUAGACCAGCAGGGGAAGGCGCUGGACUACCUGCACUCUAGCAGCGGGCCCUAUAACGGGCAUCCUGAUGAUGGCGGCUGGGAAGACGACUCGGAGGAUGAUGAUGAGCAGCAGCAGCAGCAACAAACCCAGCAGCAGCAGCAACAGCAGCAGCAGCAGCAGCAACGCAGAGGGAAGGCAGCUCCAGCACAGCAGCAUUAUGGCGAAGCUGGCAGCACUGCUUCGAAGCAGCAGCAGCAGCAGGGAGGCAAAAGAGUGCGCUCGCGCAAGGGGAGGGCGCAGCAGCAGCAAGAGCACCAGCAGCAGCAGCAGCAGCACCUACAGCAGCAGCAGCAGCAGCCUGUCGGCGCACACGCUUUCAUUCGUUCGCCGCCUUGGCAGCAACAGCAGAUGCAGCAGCAUGCUGCGAUCCCCCCGCCGCCGCCGCCGCUGCCCUCGCAGGGGCAUUAUCUGCAGCAGCAGCAGCAGUACAUGCAGCAGCAGCAGCAGGUGGCGCCACAGUUCAUGCAGCAGCAGCAGCAGCAACAGAUGCAGUACCAGCGGCAGUGCCAGCCUCCUCAGCCGCCGCCAUACUCGACGCAGCAGCACCAAGGGGGUUUAGUGCAGCAUCCGCAGCAACACGGCUAUCCACUGCAGCAGCAGCAGCAGCCUCAGGCCUAUAUGCAGCAGCAGCAGCAGCAGCCACAGGCCUACAUGCAGCAGCAGCAGCAGCCACAGGCCUACAUGCAACAGCAGCAGCAGCAGCCCCAGGCUUACGUGCAGCAGCAGGUGCCGCAGCAGCAGGCCUACGUCCAGCAGCAGCCGCAGCAGCAGGUCUACCUCCAGCAGCAGCCGCAGCAGCAGCCUUACUGGCAGUAG